GGGGCUUGUCGACCGGAAAUCUUUGAAUGAUACGAGUUUAAAAAGUCGGGUACGCAUUCAAUCUGAAAAUGUCUUGCAUGAGUUUCUUGAGUCGUGCUGUCCGUUUUCUUUGUUGUGGCUUAGUGCCUUCUACACAGGAAGAGCUUACGGACCUCAGCUCUGAGCCGAUGCCUGUCAUCGUGACUCGAAGUGAGAUCCAGGGUGAGGGUGAGGAGCCCACUCCUUCCAUGGCCAAUGAGUGGAUGACAGAUGAUGAGCCAGUAGAGGUUGUGUCCUUGGUGCAGCCGGUGCCAAGUUGUGAGGGGAUGGUAUUUUCUUUUUCUAAUCCUACGGUUGAGACCUCUUCUCCGGUGGCUGUUGAGGUCGAGUCGCAGGAUGUUGGUCAGGCUGUGGUGGAGGAGACAUGCCCCGUUUUCCCGUCUGUGAGUGAGCCACAGCCCAUAGAGAACGCUCUACCUAGAACCACAGACCAGCUGUUGAUGGUGCAAGAGCAGCCAGGUCCCGUAUUCGUUGCGGAGCUGCUCCCAACACUGACCAUUAGUUUCCUUGGCCCAUAUAAGGAACUAGUUGGUGAGGACGAGGAAGGAGACGGGGACUCUGGCAGGUAUGAAGGUGUAGGUGAGACAUUUUCUUCUUCUUAUCCUACGGUUGAGACUUCUUCCCCGGUGGCUGUUGAGGUCGAGUCGCAGGAUGUUGGUCAGGCUGUGGUGGAGGAGACAUGCCCCGUUUUCCCGUCUGUGAGUGAGCCACAGCCCAUAGAGAACGCUCUGCCUAGAACCACAGACCAGCUCUUGAUGGUGCAAGAGCAGCCAGGUCCCGUGUUCAUUGCGGAGCUGCUCCCAACACUGACCGUUAGUUUCCUUGGCCCAUAUAAGGAACUAGUUGGUGCGGACGAGGAAGGAGCUGGGGACUCUGGCAGGUAUGAAGGUGUAGGUGAGACAUUUUCUUCUUAUCCUACGGUUGAGACUUCUUCCCCGGUGGCUGUUGAAGUCAAGUCGCAGGAUAUUGGUCAGGCUGUGGUGGAGGAGACAUGCCCCGUUUUCCCGUCUGUGAGUGAGCCACAGCCCAUAGAGAAUGCUCUACCUAGAACCACAGACCAGCUCUUGAUGGUGCAAGAGCAGCCAGGUCCCGUGUUUGUUCUGGAGUUGCUCCCAACGUUGACUUUCAGCUUCCUUGGCCCCUAUAAGGAGCAAGUUAAUGUUGAGGAGCAGGGAUACAGGGACUCUGGCAGGUAUACAGGUAAAACUGAUUUGGAGCAGGAUGAUGGUAAGAGUUGUGUUGGGUAUAAAGGUACAGCUGCAGCAGAGGAUGACCAGGUUGUUUGGGAUCGAACCACUAUCUCGGAGCUGGUUGAUGUAGGAGACGACAGCAGAUUGGACACUACGUACGUGAUAGAGUUGACAAACGAGGACUCUGUGGAGGAGAGUCUGAACGCCACGUACACGUUAGUGUCAUUGGAGGACAGAUUAGAUAGGACGUUCACUGUUGACACUUGGGAGUGUUUGAACAGAACGUUCAUUAAUGAUGAGUAUACUGUGUAUUUCUCAACAGAUGGUGAUGAACCUCCAGUGUUUCCACCAGUUGUUGAUCAGGUCUCUGAUUUUGAUGAUUUGCUUAGGUGGUAUCUUAGGGAAUGGAACGGUGAUGUGCUCAGAAUGUAUCCGUCAAGAACAAGACAAAGAAGGGUUAUAUGUUAAGAUACUGAUUUACUCUUCAAACUUGGUAUGCCAGAUAUGUAUACUCAGAUCAAAGGUGUCAUAACUUUUUAAUUGAUAUUUCAAGGUUAAUUAGGAACUCUAAUAUACAAAUAUGUUCUACUCUUCCUCUACAAACCUAGACAUGACUAUAUCUAGAUGACCAGGGUAGAAUCACUAACCUGCUAUAAGCCAACUGGAUAUCUUCCUCAUUAAGUACAUUUGUUUCUGUCGUAAAAUUUUUGAAUUUUCAAUAUUAUUUAAAAUUUUGGGGUUUUUGUUGGGUUGAUUCGAUGCCUUUUCCUUUGUUAUUAUCUAUUAAUUGGAUGUAUGCACCCCCACAUGCAUUGUUUAAUAGAUAAUUUCUGACUGUGAGUCACCCAUCAUUAAUCCAUUCUAUUAUUUUUGAACUGCUAGAGCAUUAGGACCAAGUUUCAGAAAUAAAUUAAGUACAUUCAUGUUUAUCUUUAAAUUUUUGGUAUGUUUGAAUUAAUAAUUUUUAUAGGCAAGACUCAGAAAUUAAUAAGUACAUUUGUUUCUAUCAUUAAAUUUUUGAAUUUCCAGAACUAUUGAAAAAUUUUGGGUUUUUGUUGGGUUGAUUCGAUGCCUUUUCCUUUGUUAUUAUCUAUUAAUUGGAUGUAUGCCCCCACAUGCAUUGUUUAAUAGAUAAUUUCUGACUGUGAGUCACCCAUCAUUAAUCCAUUCUAUUUAUUUUUGAACUGCUAGAGCAUUAGGACUAAGUUUCAGAAAUUAAUUAAGUACAUUCAUGUUUAUCUUUAAAUUUUUAGUAAGUUUGAAUUAAUUUUUAUAGGCAAGACUCAGAAAUUAAUAAGUACAUUUGUUUCUAUCAUUAAAUUUUUGAAUUUCCAGAACUGCUAGAGCAUUAGGACUAAGUUUCAGAAAUUAAUUAAGUACAUUCAUGUUUAUCUUUAAAUUUUUGUUAUGUUUGAAUUAAUAACUUUUGUAGGCAAGACUUGCAUAUCUAGCAAUAAGUAAGUAAGAAAAACCUGAGUCUACUAGGUAUAUACUUUCUGGACAUAACAACUUGACAGGUCUCCUACAUUACACUGACUUUGGGCUACACGACUAAUUUCCAAACCAAAAAAGAUAACUGCAUGUAUUGUUGUUGAUGAAUUUAUAUGCAUUUUGUAAGUUUGUUUUGAUUUCAGAAAAACAUUUUUAAUCCCCCACCACUAAACUAUUUGAAGGAUAACAGUGGCGGGGGAUUAAGCUGUCUUUCAGACUGCCUUGUCCUGUGUAGCCAUGCAGAGAACCUACCAUGUGCUGGGAUCAAAUAUGUGACCAUAGCCAAGCAGAGAGCCUACCACUUGUGCUGGGAUCGAACCUACCGCUUUUCGCUGGCAUCGAACCUGUGUCCGUAGCCCGGCAGAGAGCCUACCACUUGGCCUCGGAUCGAACCUACCGCUUUUCGCUGGGAUCGAACCUGUGACCAUAGCCCGGCAUCGAACCUACCACUUGGCCUGGGAUCGAACCUACCGCUUUUCGCUGGGAUCGCACCUGUGACUGUAGCCCGGCAGAGAGUCUACCACUUGGCCUGGGAUCGAACCUACCACUUUUCGCUGGGAUCGAACCUGUGACCGUAGCCCGGCAGAGAGCCUACCACUUGGCCUGGGAUCGAACCUACCGCUUUUCGCUGGGAUCGAACCUGUGACCGUAGCCCGGCAGAAAGCCUACCACUUGGCCUGGGAUCGAACCUACCGCUUUUCGCUGGGAUCGCACCUGUGACCGUAGCCCGGCAGAGAGCCUACCACUUGGCCUGGGAUCGAACCUGUGUCCGUAGCCCGGCAGAGAGCCUACCACUUGGCCUGGGAUCGAACCUACCGCUUUUCGCUGGGAUCGAACCUGUGACCAUAGCCCAGCAUCGAACCUAUCAAUUAUCGCUGGGAUCGAACUUGUGACUGUAGCCUGGCAUCGAACCUACCACUUGGCCUGGGAUCGAACCUACUGCUUUUCGCUGGGAUCGCACCUGUGACUGUAGCCCGGCAGAGAGUCUACCACUUGGCCUGGGAUCGAACCUACCGCUUUUCGCUGGGAUCGAACCUGUGACCGUAGCUCGGCAGAGAGCCUACCACUUGGCCUGGGAUCGAACCUACCGCUUUUCGCUGGGAUCGAACCUGUGACCGUAGCCCGGCAGAGAGCCUACCACUUGGCCUGGGAUCGAACCUACCGCUUUUCGCUGGGAUCGAACCUGUGACCGUAGCCCGGCAGAAAGCCUACCACUUGGCCUGGGAUCGAACCUACCGCUUUUCGCUGGGAUCGCACCUGUGACCGUAGCCCGGCAGAGAGCCUACCACUUGGCCUGGGAUCGAACCUGUGUCCGUAGCCCGGCAGAGAGCCUACCACUUGGCCUGGGAUCGAACCUACCGCUUUUCGCUGGGAUAGAACCUGUGACCAUAGCCCGGCAUCGAACCUACCAAUUAUCGCUGGGAUCGAACUUGUGACUGUAGCCCGGCAGAGAGCCUACCACUUGGCCUGGGAUCGAACCUACCGCUUUUCGCUGGGAUCGAACCUGUGACCGUAGCCCGGCAGAGAGCCUACCACUUGGCCUGGGAUUGAACCUACCGUUUUUCGCUGGAAUUGCACCUGUGUCCGUAGCCCAGCAGAGAGCCUACCACUUGGCCUGGGAUCGAACCUGUGUCCGUAGCCCGGCAGAGAGCCUACCACUUGGCCUGGGAUCGAACCUACCGCUUUUCGCUGGGAUCGAACCUGUGACCAUAGCCCGGCAUCGAACCUACCACUUGGCCUGGGAUCGAACCUAUCGCUUUUUGCUGGGAUCGCACCUGUGACCGUAGCCCGGCAGAGAGCCUACCACUUGGCCUGGGAUCGAACCUACCGCUUUUCGCUGGGAUCGCACCUGUGACCGUAGCCCGGCAGAGAGCCUACCACUUGGCCUGGGAUCGAACCUGUGUCCGUAGCCCGGCAGAGAGCCUACCACUUGGCCUGGGAUCGAACCUACCGCUUUUCGCUGGGAUCGAACCUACCAAUUUUCGCUGGGAUCGAACUUGUGACUGUAUCCCGGCAGAGAGCCUAUCACUUGGCCUGGGAUCGAACCUACCGCUUUUUGCUGGGAUCGAACCUUUGAUCAUAGCCUGGCACAGAACCUACCACUUUGGCUGGGAUCGAACCUACUGCUUUUCGCUGGGAUCGAACCUGUGACCGUAGCCCGGCAGAGAGCCUACCACUUGGCCUGGGAUCAAACAUACCACUUUUCGCUGGGAUCGAACCUGUGACCAUAGCCCGACAUCGAACCUAUUGCUUUUCGCUGGGAUCGAACCUUUCACCGUAGCCCGGCAGAGAGCCUACCACUUGGCCUGGGAUCGAACCUACCGCUUUUUGCUGGGAUCGAACCUGUGACCGUAGCCCAGCAGAGAGCCUACCACUUGGCCUGGGAUCGAACCUACCGCUUUUCGCUGGGAUCGCACCUGUGACCAUAGCCCGGCAUUGAACCUACCAAUUAUCGCUGGGAUUGAACUUGUGACUGUGGCCCGGCAGAGAGCCUACCACUUGGCCUGGGAUCGAACCUACCGCUUUUCGCUGGGAUCGAACCUGUGACCAUAGCAAGGCAUCGAACCUACCAAUUAUCGCUGGGAUCGAACUUGUGACUGUGGCCUGGCAGAGAGCCUACCACUUGGCCUGGGAUCGAACCUACCACUUUUCGCUGGGAUCGAACCUGUGACCGUAGCCCGGCAGAAAGCCUACCACUUGGCCUGGGAUCGAACCUACCGCUUUUCGCUGGGAUCGAACCUGUGACCAUAGCCCGGCAUCGAACCUACCAAUUAUCGCUGGGAUCGAACUUGUGACUGUGGCCCGGCAGAGAGCCUACCACUUGGCCUGGGAUCGAACCUACCGCUUUUCGCUGGGAUCGAACCUGUGACCGUAGCCCGGCAGAAAGCCUACCACUUGGCCUGGGAUCGAACCUACCGCUUUUCGCUGGGAUUGCACCUGUGACCGUAGCCCGGCAGAGAGCCUACCACUUGGCCUGGGAUCGAACCUGUGUCCGUAGCCCGGCAGAGAGCCUACCACUUGGCCUGGGAUCGAACCUACCGCUUUUCGCUGGGAUCGAACCUACCAAUUUUCGCUGGGAUCGAACUUGUGACUGUAUCCCGGCAGAGAGCCUAUCACUUGGCCUGGGAUCGAACCUACCGCUUUUUGCUGGGAUCCAACCUUUGACCGUAGCCUGGCACAGAACCUACCUCUUUGGCUGGGAUCGAACCUACCAGUUGCGCUGGGAUUGAACCUGUGAUCGUUUGAUCUUGCUGUCCUUCAAAGUGUAAAACUAAAGCUACAAAACAGUAUUGUUUUUAUUUUGGAUAGGGAACUCUUAGAUAGAUGCCCCUGGAUAGGGAACUCUGCAGAGCCAUUCUUAGAUGCCCCUUUCUCAUCUAGGUAGAUAGGGAAUUAAAUUGUGUAGAUAGGGAAGAUCCUCUGGUGAUUACGGGAAGCAGAGUGUAGAUAGGGAAGAUCCUCUGGUGAUUACGGGAAGCAGAGAACCAGCUAGUAAUGUUACUGUGUUUAGAUUAUGGCUCAGAUUGGUUAAUGUUUGAAUUUUAUAUUACAGGCAUCUGGUGAUUACAGGGAAGCAGAGAACCAACUAGUCAUGUUACUGUGUUUGGAUUCUGGCUCUGAUUGGUUAAUGUUUGAAUUUUAUAUUACAGGCAUCUUGUGAUUACAGGGAAGCAGAGAAGCAACUAGUCAUGCUGCUGGGUGUGGAUGCCUUCGCUUUUAUUGAAGUCCUCAGACAGUACAGAGGAAUGAUCCUUUGCUGUUCAUGACUGGCUCAGGCACAGAAUGAGAAAGAGAAGAUUGAGAAUAAACCACAACUAUUGAAGAUUCUACAAGCCCUUCAGGCUAUAGAUCAAGAGGGAGAGGUCCAGGAGAGAUCAUGCAAGGAAAAGUCAAGCAGCGGCAGACAUAGAGGCCAUGUAUACAGAUGACACAUAGGAGCUAGCUUUGGUUUGUGAGUAAAUUUGACCUUGAGGACCUGUCCUUCACACAUUUCAGUUACUUAAUGGCAAACAAGAAGUAUCAGUUGCCGGACGGUUCGUUCAGGAAACAGAAGAAAGGAUAUGAGGAAGUACUUGUUCCAGCACUAACCACAACCCUUUGAUUCAGAUGAGGAGGAGACAGGGAAGACAGCUAGAGCAAUACGAGACACAUGUCUUGAGAAAGAUACCUUCGGACUCUUCUUUAAGGAAGGCUCUGUGUCAACAGAAGUAUUAUGUAGUGAAUGGGAACAUGUGAAAAACUAGGGGCUAAAAGACCUUCCUCCUCACAGCUUUGCUAUACAUCAUGCUGGCAUGAAUAAAUGUUGGGACAUGCCGGAAGACCUCGUUGAGGGUAUAAUGUUGACCAAUCAGAGUGAGUUACAGUACUACCUGUCAUUGAUGAAUCAAUUAAAGAGGCGGUUUAUUUGCAAAAUGGCUGGCAAUUUGAAUGCAGAUGUUGUCCUUGGAACAGUGCAUUCUAGUAAAAAAAAGCAGUAGAUUGGUUAGGCUACACAUAUUUGCAUAUCCAUAUGAUACGUCACCCAAUACUGUAAUGUGUAAGCCAUGGACCAGAUCAAGGAUGAUCCGUUGUUACAUCAGCGACGUAAAGAUCUCGUUCAUUCAGCAGCUUGUCAUCUUGACAGACAUAACUUCAUCAAAUAUGACCAAAAACCUGGCA